AUGGCGUCCGGAACAGACAUCAUCACUUUGGAUAAUUUCCAGGCUAGAAUGCCGAAAUGGGAACCUCAACUCGCCAGCCACCUCUAUGCCUUGGUAGAUAUGGGAAGUAACGGUAUACGAUUCUCCGUGUCUGACCUAUCACCACCGCACGCACGCCUUUUGAAAUGCUUGUAUCGCGAGCGUGCUGCCAUCUCUCUGUUUGAUGCACUCAACUCAUCAUCAUCAUCAUCAUCCGGUGGAGCUCUACUCUUCCCGGCAGAGACAAUCAGCCAGGUUUCGAAUACUCUAGCCCGCUUCAAAUCCAUUGCACUUGGAUAUGGUGUACCGCCAGAGAAUAUUUCCAUCUUUGCAACGGAAGCGAUGCGAAAGGCUGAAAAUGCUGGCACCAUGCUAGAUGCCAUCUUUAAAGCAUCCGGACUUGGAGUACAGAUACUUGCUCCCGAGGUCGAGACCCUCUUUGGAGCCAUGGGAGCUCGAAGCAGCUUCUCUGAAGUUAAUGGCCUGUUCCUGGAUCUCGGCGGUGGCUCUGUUCAAAUGUCUUACAUGAACUCAGCCAUGGAAGGCUAUGAGACUCUCGCAUCUCAGACUGGCAAGAGUCUCCCUUUUGGUGCCGCGAGGCUAAUCAAAAUCCUCGGUGGUGACGCAAAUGUGCAAGCGACGGCAAAGAACGAACUCGAGUCCGGCCUAGAGGUCGCUUUUUCCAAGCUGAAGCAGCAAUUUGCUGAACUCAGAACGCUUUGCGAGAGUCCAAAUCUCGGCGGGAUCGAUGUCUACCUCUGUGGUGGAGGCUUCCGUGGCUACGGCAGCAUGUUGAUGCAUAAUGAUCCUAUUCAGCCUUACCCGAUCCCAGCCAUUGGAUCCUAUACUGUAUCAGGGCAAUUCUUCAAGGAAACCACUGCUAUGCGCCUUGUGAAUGAGGAAUAUGAAGGCAAAAUCUAUGGUAUGUCAACUCGGCGACGCCAGCAAUUUCCUGCCAUCACUACAGUAGUCGAUGCAUUGAUUACUGCUGUGCCAAAUAUCCGUACUGUGACAUUCUGUGCCGGUGGUAACAGAGAAGGAGCUUUACUUAUGAAGCUACCGCGGAACAUCAGGGAAACGAAACCACUCACUCUCCUCCAUCAGCCAGACGAUGAGACAAAAGACGAUGUCAUGUCAUCUGUCAUCACGACCAUUCUUUCCGCUGCACCUACAGGUUUCGACUUUUCAAAGAUCACCACAGUCUUCACCUUGGGGCUUGGGCGACUCUUUGUAGGCAAAAUUUGGUCUCACCUCGGCGAGCCCAGCGAGGCCAAUGCAGCAUAUGAGCUUCAUCGCACUGUCACCCGCGAUCCGAGCACGCCAGGAUUGACUCAUCUCGCCAGGGCUGUUCUCGGUCUGACUACUUGUGCUCGAUGGGGCUCCACUCUAGGUCCGAUUGACCAGCAACUGCACAUUGGACUCCGGAAGCUUGCUGCACACGACUCACCCGAGGCAAACUUUUGGGCUGAUUAUUUUGGUGUUGUGGCCUCGGUCCUGACCACUGUAUGCCCUGCCGAACCCAAAGCGAUAGACGAACUCGACAAGCUCAUCAGAUUUUCCGCCAAAAUCGUCGAUGGCAAGAAGAAACCUCAGAUAGAGUUGACGAUUUUUGUUGCCGACCAGAUAGCCGACUUGCUCGAGCGAAACGAGAUUGGCGAAGCAUUCAAAAGCGUCGCAAAACACAAGAAAGAGCCAUGGACGGUCGGAAGAAAGGUCAAAGCGACCGUUGUGAGAAUGUCGUGA